AUGUCACAAAACGGUGGGACUGCUGGUACCGAGUACCCUGACUACACUGAGGAUGGCCGCCAGUAUGGCUCAUUCGGAGGCGGGCGUUAUCUUUUUCCUGUUGAUGAGGCCGAGAAAGACAGACUAGAUAUGUUCCACGCUAUGAUCAUGAAGGCAAGAGGAGGCCUUUUGUGGGAAGUACCUCUGCCUGACAAACCCCAGGUCCUCGACCUCGGGACGGGCACUGGCAUAUGGGCGAUCGACGUGGGCGACAAGUUUUGGGCAGAUCAGAAUCAAGGCCAGGUCUUGGGGCUAGACCUUUCCCUCAUCCAACCCAAGCUUAUCCCCACGUGUGUAAGGUUUGAGCGAGCCGACGUCGAGGCGCCACUUCCUUAUGAACAAAUUUUCGAUUUGGUUCACAUCCAGAUGCUACUUGGUUCCAUAAGAGAUUGGCCAGCAUUGUACAGGAAGUCAUUCAGGCAAAUCAAGCCCGGAGGCUACAUCGAGCAGGUGGAAAUCGAAUGGUUUCCUCGUAGCGACGACAACACACUCGCGACAAAUUCGUCUCUCACCAUUUGGGGUAACAACCUGCGGAGUGCGAUGAGAAGACAUGGACAACCUAUCGAUGUAAUCGACACCAAAAAGGAGCUCCUUGCUGCAGGCUUCACAGAUAUCACUGAGAAUGUGAUCAGACUACCGACGAACCCGUGGAGCCAGAUCCCGGCUGAGGAAGAGUUGGGUACAUGGUUCAAUCUCGGUCUCACGCAUUGCUUGGAAGGUCUGACACUUGCGCCCUUCAUUCGGUUGCUAGGCUGGCAAAGAAGUGACGUGGAGAGACUGGUGGACGACCUCAAGCAGGAUAUCUGUCGACUCAAUGUCCAUGCCUACUGCAAAUUGUGA